AUGGCGUGUAUGAGCGAUCGUUCUCAGGACUUGAUGCUCUUGAUUCGGGAUGCCGGCAGCCACGACCUGAUGCGAGCAGCAGCUGCAUAUGGGGCCACACAGAUGGUCGGUGUGACCAGCGCUGGUACCGCAGCCGAGGCAGGGAGCGCGGGCGCGGGGAAGCGGUGGGAGUGCGGGCGGCGCGUGGAGGCGGUGAUGCGCAGCAAGGUGGCGCGGCUGGUGAAGCCGGAUAUGCUGCUCGCCCUGCACGAGCUGCAGCGCCAGCAGCAAUGGCGCCUCGCCGCGCGGGUGUUUGAGCAUGUGCGCACGGAGCACUGGUACAAGCCCGACCCGGACCUGUGUGCGCGCAUGAUCAACUGCCUGGGGCUGGCCGGCCGCAUCACGGACGCACAGGCGCUCUUCCAGGCCACACUGCAGGAGGACGGCGUGCCCCCCUGCUCGCCCACGUACACUGCGCUGCUCGCUGCUCACUGCCGCUCCGGCGACUACAGGAGCGGCCGGGAGGUGCUGGGGAGGAUGAGGGAGGCGGGGGCGGGGCCGUAUGAUUUGGCAUACAUGAUUCUGAUCAAGACGUGUGAGGCGCAGGGGGAUGCUGUGGCAGCAGCGGAGUUGAAGCAGGAGCGGGAUGUGGUGCUGGCAGAGUGGGGGCAGUUGGGGCUGCCUAAACCCCCACGGCGGUCAAAGAAGAAGUAG